UUUGUGUCUAAAUCUCACUUAGCUAAUCACAUGGGAGUUCACACAAAUGAGAAGCCUUUCUCAUGUGGACCUGUCAGAAAGGCUUCCGAAGGAAACUCGACUUAGACAAUCACAUAAGAAUUCACACAGGUGAGAAACCUUUCUCAUGUGGGACAUGCGGAAAAAAUUUUGCUCGAAAAAACUCCUUAAAGUCUCACAUGAAAACUCAUACAAGUGAGAAUUCUUUCUCGUGUAGGACCUGUAGAAAAAGUUUCACUGACAAAGAAAAGUUGACUGAUCACAUGAGAUUUCACACUGGUGAGAAGCCUUUCUCUUGUGGGACCUGUGGAAAAGACUUUGUGUAUGAAUCAAACUUGGUUAGUCACAUGAGAAUUCACACAGGUGAGAAGCCUUUGUCCUGUGGAACAUGUGGAAAAGGUUUCACUCAUAAAAAAAGUCUAACUUCUCACAUGACAUUGCACACAGAUGCAAAGAGUUUGGCAUGUACAACCUGUGGAAAAUGUUUUGUGUACAAUUCACACUUAGUUAAUCACAUGAGAAUUCACACAGGUGAGAAGCCUUUCUCUUGUGAGACCUGUGGAAAAAGUUUCGCUCAUAAGAUCAAUUUAACUGCCCACAUGAGAGUUCACACAGGUGAGAAGCCUUUCUCUUGUGGAACCUGUGGCAAAUGUUCUGUGUGUAAAUCGAGUUUACUUCAUCACAUCAAUCAAUCAAUCAGUCAGUCAAUGUUAUUUAUGAAGGACCCUUCAUAUUAAAGGCAGUCAGAGUGCUGUGCAGAUGAAUAAAAACAAACUCAUAAAAGACAAUUACCCGCCCUGCACAGAAAUAAUCCAGGGAAUGGUUAAAGCGUCGGGUGUUGAGCCAGCUCUGUCUUAAGACAGCAACAUUUUCUGCUGCCCUCAGGUUCUCUGGCAGAUUUUCCACAAGCAGGAGCCAUUACACUGGAAAGAAACCUAACCAUAAGUGUGUUCAUUUAUAAUAUAUAUAUAUAUAUAUAUAUAUAUAUUUGUGUGAGUGGACAUUUAAAAGAGCCAUAUUAAGGGUUUCAGGUGAACUGUUAACAUUAAUUGUGGGUGGUAGAUAAUGUUUUUCUGAAAGUCUAAGUUUAUUAAAGUUCACUGAACGGGUACUGUUAUGUAUAUUUGUUCCAUGUAUGUAGUCCGAACUGAAAUUAACCAGGUAUGUGUAUAACAGUCAGUAGAAAAACAGAAGCCAGGACCAUCAGUAGCAGACUGGUCACAUCUAGAGAUAAUAUGGUUACCAGAUAUGGUUACAAUGGUGAUUAACACGAGUUAGAAGCAUUUCUCUUGAGCGUACUAUAGAAAAAGUUUUGCUCAAAUAAAAUUUAGUUGUUCACAUGAGAACUCAUGCAAGUUUUAUGGCAUAAUGUGAACUUCAAGUAGCAAGAUUCUCAGCAACUUGCUGUUUGGAAGUGCUUUAUAUAAAGCUGGAUUGCUUUUUUUAAAUGUAGCAGCUUUGCUUAAAAAGCUUUUCAAAUCAGAGAUUUAGCUGAAACACUUUAACAUUUACUUUGUUCUUGCAACCUUAUGUUGACAUUUAUAUUUUCUUAUGAGAGUAAGGAAUAUAGUAAUAGUCUCUUUGAGGUUUAAUGGUUUGAAUGCUUUCAGAUUUGUAAAGUUUUUGGGACUUUGUGUGUUUAUCCUUUUCCUUUGUACUUAUUUCUUUUAUUUCAAUAGUUCUGGGAAAUGGAUGCAUGUUAGCUGCUACUGCAUGUACAGUUAGUGUCACAUAUUAAUGAGAGUAAUGUUUUAUGAAUCAAGUCUUUUUUUCUGUUUUCUCAAGUUUUGAUUAAGGAAAGAAAUGGUGCUAAAUAAUGGUCUGAAAUUCUGUCCCCUUUUGUUUGACUUUGCAUUACCUUUUUUCAUCUUCUCUUGUAAAAGUGUAGUUUUUUUUACCCAUGUCUUUUUUUUGUCAGUUUUUCUUUGACAUGGUCUUUUUCUUUUGGAUAGUAGAAAUUUCAUGAUAUGAAAUUAA